AUGCCAUCCAAAGCCAGGUCGAGCCCAGUGGCCGACUCAAGAGACCGACUCACUCUGUCCAGACUAGCAAACUACGAUGAUGUAGCAACUGACGCUCUCAUUGAUCGCGCUUACUUUUGGACUACGAUCCGAAAGAAUCGUACUAAAUUUGCUCCUGGCAGAGGCAUUUUGGAAGAUGUCGUGACCAAGAUUCUCCUUCACAAGGUCAUUGUUGAGAAGAAUGCACGUGCUGCGGAGCAGGAACUCCUCGCCAUGAAAGGCUUGAAGAAGUACAUGGAUAGUCUACCGAAUGAUCGAGAGCGAGAAUGGUUCAAACGGCAUUUUCGGAAAUAUGUCCAGAUUUAUCUACCCGACUGUCCGUUUGAGAUAUCGACUACAAAUAGGUAUACCAUAGUCGAACAAGAGGCUUCGGUGGUAGCCCGCAGAAAUAUCAAGAAAGGUGAAGAGAUCAAGUAUCUUUGUGGUACACUUGUUUCAAUGACUCGACAAGAAGAACUCGAUUUGGGAUUUAAUCGGAAGGACUUUAGCAUCGUUAUGUCAAGCAGAAGGAAGAACCCAUCGUUAUUCCUGGGACCGGCUCGUUUCGCCAAUCAUGACUGCAAUGCCAAUGGAAGGUUAUCGACGAGAGGAAACGAUGGCAUGCAAGUCAUUGCCGCUCGCGAUAUUGAGUUAGGCGAAGAAAUCACGGUAUCUUAUGGCGAAGACUACUUUGGUAUUGAUAAUUGUGAAUGUCUCUGUGAGACAUGUGAACGUUUGGUCCGUAAUGGGUGGUCGCCUUCAGUUUCUGUGCCAGCAAGUCAAGUCUCCACCCCUGUACGGGACAUUGAGUCGAACCGGUCUCCCCAGCCGAAGAAGCAUGUUAUUGAGUCCGAAACAGCUUCGACAGGAAGUGACACUCAUUUGGCGACUAAAAUUGUCACCAUAAGCGAAUCGACGCAUAAAGAAAAGAGGAAGUUUGAAAGCGAGACUGAGCAAGAACCGUCAUUGCCUUCUACUCCGGCUAAGAGGUUCAAAUUCGAACAUCGGCAAUCAAAGCUUCGAGAAGAGCUUGUCCUGUCUGAAAUCGCUGAAUCAAUCGAAAAAUCGCCUCUACCAACCACUAUUCAGAAGCCCCCUCAAGAAAUCUCGGCACUUCCAAGCCCUCCUGAACAAAUAUUUCCUACAGAUGCUGAGCAAAACACAGCCAGCGCCACCGAGAACGAUUCGCCUUCCUACUCUUCUGAUGAGAGUAAUCAUUCCAUAUCAACGCCGGCCACAUCGAUUUCUGGCAUCACACCCAAUAUCAAGAUAGAAUCAAUUGAAACGACCACACAGCCGGUUAUACCUGAACCAACUACGACUCAAGAACCUGCAGAUAAAGAUAUUUCCAACAUUGCAGAAUCUGUGGUCGCAUCAUCCUCUCAAAUAAACGAGGUAAAUGAACGAAAAUCGAGGAGCAGAACCAGCACACCUCGUAAAAGAGCAUUACCAUCUGUGGAACAAGAGGAUAUCAUCGUGACCAGAGUUCCAGGCGAUUACACCAAAACAAACAUGCUCCUUGCACAACGUUAUGACCGAUGGGUAGAUUGCCGAACCUGCCCUUCGUGGUUCGUUCAAGAAAAUGCCUAUCAAACACGCAAGGAAUGUCCUCGCUGCGAACGACAUUCAAAACUCUACGGCUAUCGCUGGCCCAAGACCGAUCCAGAGGGCCCUAAUGACGAUGAUAUUCGAGUCAUGGACCAUCGUACCGUCCACAGGUUCUUGUCGGCCGAUGAAGAAGCCAAAGUGGACCGCAAACAUCGGUCUGGCAUUGCGACACCUACGCCAACUCCCGAAGUCGUCCCAUUGGAUACUCGAAGCGAGACUGAGUUUAGUGAUUAUGAAGGCCGUCGCUUGACGCGCGCUAGCCGGCACCGUACCCGAUCCCUUCGAUUGACUCAAUGA